UAUAAGCAUAGUACUGCGCACCACUGACCUCUCCAGUUUAACUCCUCCCUGUCCUCUCUCUCUCUCUCUCUCUAUCUCUCUCUUCCCCUUCUCUGCCUCCACUCUCCUAACCCUAAUCCGCCUACCCGUGAGCUUGACCUCGUCUCGACUUCUCAUCCUCCGUCGCGGCAAUGGGCGCAUUGAAGGAACCGAUCGGCGGUGGUGAUGCGGACUGAGCAGAUCUGGUGCGGGACGCGAUGGGGAAAUCCGAAGAAGAGCAACCGGCCGAGCCGCCGGAGCCUGCGACGGAGCCUCGGGAGGGUAAUGCCUGCGAUGGGUGCCCGCGCUGCUGCUCCAUCGGGCGGAUCGUGCGAUCGCGCUGCAUGGUCACGCUGAUCGUCGCCCUUGCGAUGCUGCUGUCGGUGGUGUUCUGGCUGCCACCCUUGUUGCGGACGGGCGAUGACGCUGGUCGCCCUGAUCGGGACCCGCGGUUUCCAGCUGAUAUUGUUGCAACUUUCAAACUGCAAAAACCUGUUGAUUUUUUGAAGUCCAAUAUUAGAGAGCUUCAGCUUGAUAUCUUUGAUGAAAUUGGUAUUCCUGGUUCUACGGUUUCUGUUAUUGAUCUGAAACCUACAAGCAGAUCAAAUUGGACAAAUGUGGUUUUCUCAGUGUGGUCUUAUCCAAAGAAUUCAUAUUUAUCAUCAACUGGGCUAAGCAUUCUCAGGGCCUCCUUUAUGUCCUUAGUUAUUGGACAGUCAACUCUUCACUUGACUACAUCAUUAUUUGGGAAUUCAUCCUCCUUUGAGGUUCUCAAAUUUUCUGGAGGGAUCGUCAUAAUACCUCUUCAAAGAGCUUUUCUUUUACAGAAUGUGCUAAUGCUUUUCAAUUUCACAUUAAACUUUCCUAUCAAUCAAAUCCAAGAUAAAUUCAGUGAACUGAAGGACCAAAUGAAGGCUGGAUUACUUCUCAACACAAAUGAGAAUCUGUAUGUGAGUUUGAUUAAUUCAGAAGGAAGUACAGUCUCUCGUCCAACAAUUGUCAAAACUUUAAUUGUAUUUGCUGUUGGGAAUCAUCAACCUUCCUUCCCAAGGUGGAAGGAGUUGGCUAAAAAGAUUCGGGGUUCUUCCUCAGGAAAUCUUGGCUUGAAUCACACUGUAUUUGGUAGAGUAAAGCAAGUGCGCCUUUCUUCUUUUCUUCAGAAUUCCUCAAGUAGCGGAAGCAGCAAUACUUCACCAAGUCCAGCACCUCAGCCACAAACAAACCAUCAACAUCAUCACCCACACCAUCAUCAUAAACACCAUAAGCAUCACUAUCACACACAACAUGCUCUUGCUCCCGCUCCUGGUGCUGCUCCUGAACAUGGUUAUCAAACUUCUGCCCCGUCUGGCAGUCAACAUGGAUUUUUAAAUUCAAACAGAGCUCCAGCUCCUGCACCUGCUGAUGCUCUGAAGCAUUUGGCUGUGCCUGUGGGUGCUCCAAGGAAUUCUGCUGGACCAGUAGUUGUUGGAAGGCAUUCUGGUCAUAGGCCUGUGAGCGCUCCACAUUUUGUUGGUGCUCCUCUAAGUGUUCCAUGGCAUUUACUUUCUCCUCAUGCACGUGAAAAUAUCCCUGUUCCAGCUCCUAGCGUGAAACCAUCAUCUCAGAAGUCAGAUGUUUCUAUUACACCUGUGCUACCUCCUAGUGAGAGUGUAAAAGAUAACAAAGCUCCUGGCUUGACUCCAUCAAUAUCACCUAUUCCAUAUUCAUCUUAUGCAUCGGAUGACGACCCAUUUCCCAGAUUGGCCUUUGCACCAGCAGCAUUGUAUGUAUUACUGUGCUUGUAAUUGAGAAGGAACAUGCCAUUCUAGCUUCAGGUCACGCAAUGGUGUUUGCAAAGUAGCACACCGGGGUGUGAUGAGAGACAAAAAGUUGCUAGGAAACCUGAUGAAUGUAAAUAUAUGGAUAAGCACAGCCGGCAAAUAAGUUCUGGUCAAAGCCAUUGAAGUGGCAGGCCGUCGUUGUUAGAUGUGAUGAUGUCUUGGUGCUAUUAUUACUAUUUCCACGAGAUCAAGGUCAAGAGUCAUGUAUGUUUUUGUUUCCGGAGGUAACAAAAUGUAUGCCACAAGUGAAAUAUCUGAUGCAUCAUAGUUUACAAAUUCAAUUUUGGUCGCACUGUUUUUUUCCUUGAUGUUUACGUGCUGUGCUCUUAACGAUUUACCAGAGUGGAUUUUUGUGCUAUAAUAA